CCUAAUGUGGUCCCCUCAGUUAAGGACUUCCAGGGUGGUGGAUAUUGGCCUGGCACCUUAAAUUUCUGCACCCUGUUUUCAAUGGAUGUCUUUCAGUCUUUCUAUGACAUUAAGAAGCUGCAGCAGGGAUGUCACUUAAGGCCUUUGUCAAAGUGCUGGAUGAACGAACAGCCCAUUUUGGAAGGACUGGCCGAAUAUCAGCUGAUGCCUUCAGCAAAAGUUUCUUGGAGUGGAGUGCUGUAAAGUGUGAGGUGGACAGGAUGUGCAAGGAGCCAUGCUUUAGCUGCCCUGCCUGCACUCCAGACAUGCUCGCCGUCUCAGUUGAUGGAAACUGCAAGCUUUAUCGCUUUCAAUCAAAUGCAAGCACUUCAGAGCAGGGGAACUUUGAAGGUGUCUUCAUUGAGAAAGAUGAGGAAGUUGCUGAGUUUGUGAAAUACAUCCAGAGACACACAAAUGAUAUCAAAUGGGGAGGUGCGUUUCAGGAUGGGGCCGGUUCUACAGUUGGAGAAGAGGUGGAACAAGUAAACAGUUUCCUGUCUAGGGCGGCCAUCACAACGAAGUACAUGUCUAAAGCAGGGCGAACAGACAUGCUGAGCCUCCUGGCUUUGGGCUGGAACAAAAGGAAAGUGGAACAACUGGGCCGCACUUUGAGCCAGAGAUAUCUAAAGAUCAUAAGGAUCCUUAGAGAACAAGUGGAGAGCCUGAAUGCGAGCAGAAAUGAGCUGGGUGUGGAUGACGACACACUGCAGCAAUGGGCUGAAGAAACGGAUCAAACUGAUGGCAGCCUUGGAGCGUUGCAGGCACGAGUAGAGGAGCUUGUCGUCAUCAUCAGAGUGCGAACACAAAGUCUUUACAGACAAAAUGGUGUCACAGUUUCUUUGAAACGGACCGUUUGAUGCUCAGUUUGUACAGCUUGUACAGCUACUUUGUAAACAGAAUAAAAUCAGAUCCAGAUAGCAACAAGAGGCGACACAGAAUUCACAAGGUCAUCUUAGAUGAGAAGAAACGCUUGGCGGCUGCUGUUGACGACUACAACAAGGAAACAAGCAACAAAGCAAAUCGUAUCCAGUGAUGCCCUCAUGCAGAGCGACGUUUGGCCCUGGCAGAGCACAAGUGAACCUGCUGCUGACCUCCGGACAAAGAGAAAGGUCUUUGAGAAGGUGAUGGCUGUGAGGCGCCUGAGAGAGGAGGAGAUGAUCCUUUGCAGGGAGAUGCAGCAUCACUGGACAGUGUUGCAAAUGCGAUCUGUGGUGUUGGGGACAAUCUCCUCAGACUCCUCCCUUGUUGGCAUGUCGGAGGAUGCACAGAAAGGACUCCAUAGCCUGGUUUAAAAACAAAGUGAACUGAAAGCUGAAACGCUCAAAGUAAAGGACGUGUACAAGAGAAUCCUCAGCCACCAACCACUCCUGGAA